AUGGAACCUCUUAGUGCCGGAGCCAGCGUUCUUACGUUCGUAGCAAUUGCCUUAGAUGGAGCCUCGAAGCUGUCCCAAGCGGUGGCCGCUUAUCGCGGUGGACCACAAGAGGUUCAAUACUUGGGCGACUCCAUCAACGAGCUCCAAGCCAUUCUGCGCCAACUGUCGGAGAUUUUGCAGGAUGCAGCUUUGCUUCUCCCCCCUGAGUUCGCCACCGCGUUAGAGAAUUCACUCAGAUCCUGCCAGAAGAGGCUUGUCGGGUUCACGGCCGAGCUCAAAAAAUGUGAAGCCUCGUCGCAGGACAGAGUUUGGCCACGGGUUGCCAGUCGCUUGCGUCCAGUCCUGCAUCAGAAAGACCUUGAGAAGAUGCGGUUGGCUAUACUUAAACACCUGGCCGCCCUCUCGCUCGAUGUCGGCCUGAUUAACGACUUCAGAACAGCUGCUAUCGGCGAGGCGGUGCAGACAGUCGACCGGCGGCUAGAACGCUCAAUGUCGCUACAACAGCAACAAGCUGACGGGAUGGCAGACUUGCAGGCCAGCUGGAGUAUUAUCGCACUGUCGAAUUGUCAGGCCCUUCAGGGUAUCGAGAACAAUCUGGCUGGCCUUCCGACUUGGUUCACACAACAACUACAAGCGCUCAAACGGCACUUCGAUCUGAGAUUCGACACUAUACCGCUAUCAGUCAGCCCAAUACCGAUGAUUAGCAAGACUCCAUUGCAUAGCUCCCAAUUUGUGCCACCAUGUGUGAGCUGUUCUGGAUCCGAGGGGCACGUGGACGCUGCAUUUGACACACUGCUUGACCACCGGCGUACACAAAUGAGAGCAUCGGCGUUCCGUAUUGCCCUGUCGGCGCUGGAAUAUGACUUUGAUACAAAACCGCUCAAAUCAUCAUCAAUGGCCUUCCAGUGCUUCGGCCACCCCAAGCUUUUGCAGAUGAUAGAGGACCAGCAAUCCGAGAAUACAGCGAACAGUCAGAUGAGUACGCUACCGUCGAGACUCGGGUCUCGAAGGCAGCGGUACUCAAGGGCCAUGCCAGGCAAAGCCUCGGGGUCUGAAGAUGCAGACACACCAUGGAUGCCAACGGCGGCGUCAAGAAGCCGGACUUCUUAUUUCACCUCUCAGACGACAUAUCAAAACGAUGGCAAUUGCGGAUGCGACCAGUGCUCACGCCGGACGCUGCCCACGAACAUCGCAAUGAUGACACACAUCCCACCUCGCAUUCUGGAAUUCAGGGAGAGUUCGAUCUGUAAAUCAGGAUUUCUCGUCUCUCAUGAGCCGUCCAGGCAGUGGUUCGGGCAAUACGAGUUAAACGCUAGACUGCGUACGAGAACACCAUGGUCUCCGCAGAACACUUCGGGAGUCAUCUAUCUUCUCAUCGUUGGCUGCUGGUGCGGUGCGAAUGCUUCAGAUGGAAGUUUGCCUUGGUACUGGGGUAUUUCUCACUCUCAAAGACCACACAGCUUGACUUUUGGAUCAAUGCAGCAUCAUACCAUCCGCUUGUGA